CCUCUGAUAAGAAGAAUAAGAACACAAGAAUAUUCUCUAUUACACAGAGAGAAAGAGACGAGAGAGCGAUAAUAAUGGCGCUUAAGGGUUUCGCGUGUUUUUCGAUCCUUUUGUUGUUAUCUCUGUUCGCUUCCUCCAUAAGAAGCGAGCAGACGAAGGAAUUUGUCUUGACUCUCGAUCACUCUAACUUCACGGAAACCAUCACCAAGCACGAUUUCAUCGUCGUCGAGUUCUACGCCCCUUGGUGUGGUCACUGCCAGAAGCUUGCUCCUGAGUACGAGAAGGCUGCAUCAGAGUUGAGCAGUCAUAACCCUCCUCUCGCUCUGGCCAAGAUUGACGCUAGUCAGGAAGCAAACAAAGGAUUUGCUAAUGAGUACAAGAUUCAGGGUUUCCCCACUCUUAAGAUUUUGAGAAAUGGAGGGAAAUCAGUUCAAGAUUACAACGGACCUCGUGAAGCUGAGGGUAUUGUCACUUAUUUGAAGAAGCAAAGUGGUCCUGCUUCUGUUGAAAUUAAGUCAGCUGAUUCUGCCGCUGAGAUUGUUGGUGAAAAGAAUGUUGUUGCUGUUGGAGUGUUCCCUAAAUUAUCUGGCGAGGAGUUUGAUUCUUUCAUGGCCCUUGCUGAGAAAUUGCGUGCUGACUAUGAUUUCGCACACACUUUGGAUGCCAAGGUUCUUCCUCGUGGAGAGUCUGUGGAAGGACCUGUAGUAAGGCUAUUCAAGCCUUUUGAUGAGUUGUUUGUUGAUUCCAAGGACUUCAAUGGGGAAGCUCUAGAGAAAUUUGUCAAAGAAUCAAGUAUUCCACUUGUCACCGUCUUUGACAGUGAUCCAAACAACCACCCAUAUGUUGUCAAAUUCUUUGACAGCCCUGCCACUAAGGCAAUGAUGUUCGUUAACUUCACCGGAGCAACAGCUGAAUCUCUAAAAUCAAAGUACCGUGAAGUAGCUACAUCCAACAAAGGUCAAGGUCUUGCCUUCCUUGUUGGUGAUGCUGAGAGCAGCCAAGGCGCUUUCCAGUACUUUGGACUCGAAGAGAGCCAAGUUCCCCUCAUCAUCAUCCAGACCCCAGAUAACAAGAAGUAUUUGAAAGCCAACGUUGAGGUUGACCAGAUUGAAUCAUGGGUCAAGGACUUCCAGGACGGAAAAGUUGCCGCCCACAAAAAAUCUCAACCUAUUCCAGCUGAGAACAACGAACCAGUGAAGAUUGUUGUUGCCGAGAGCCUUGACGACAUAGUUUUCAAGUCUGGAAAGAAUGUCUUGAUUGAAUUCUAUGCACCGUGGUGUGGACAUUGUCAAAAACUUGCUCCAAUCUUGGACGAAGUGGCUUUGUCAUUCCAGAACGACCCAAGUGUGAUCAUAGCAAAAUUGGACGCAACCGCAAAUGAUAUCCCAAGUGAUACCUUCGACGUGAAAGGAUUCCCGACCAUUUACUUCAGGUCAGCGAGCGGAAACGUUGUAGUGUAUGAAGGAGACAGGACAAAGGAAGACUUCAUAAACUUCGUUGAGAAGAACAGUGAGAAGAAGCAAACUUCUCAUGGAGAAGAGUCUACCAAGACUGAAGAACCGAAGAAGACUGAAGAAACGGCCGCAAAGGACGAGCUGUAGAAGUCUCAUGAGUUUGUUUUUCGGAAUUUGAGUAGGAGCAUUUCUCUUCUUCACCCUAUCCAUCAGAAUCUUGGUUUUUUCUUUUACAGAUUUACAGUUUCUUCUUUUUUGCUCUCUUGUUCGAACCCAGAGUCUCUCCCAUUAAUAAAAAGUUAAACCUAAU